GACCUCGAGGCAGGAGGGAGGAGCGGGCCCGGCCCAGUCCCGGCGGCCGGGUGGUCUGGUGGCUUCGGGGGACGGUAGCGACGGUUCUGAGUGGCGCGGCCCCCGGCUCUCUGCGAGCCGGCCUCGCGGCUGACCGGACCAGCGGCUCGAGGGCGUGGCGCCAUGAAGCUGUACAGCCUCAGCGUCUUCUAUAAAGGCGAGCCCAAGGUGGUUCUGCUCAAAGCCGCCUACGACGUGUCUUCCUUCAGCUUCUUCCAGAGGUCUAGUGUGCAGGAAUUCAUGACCUUCACAAGUCAACUGAUUGUGGAGCGCUCAGCAAAAGGCAGCAGAGCUUCUGUCAAAGAACAAGAGUAUCUAUGCCAUGUCUACGUUCGAAAUGACAGUCUUGCAGGUGUGGUCAUUGCUGACAGUGAAUACCCCUCUAGAGUGGCCUUUACAUUACUGGAGAAGGUAUUAGAUGAAUUCUCCAAGCAGGUCGACAGGAUAGACUGGCCAGUAGGAUCUCCUGCCACAAUCCAGUACACAGCCCUGGAUGCUCACCUUAGUAGAUACCAGAACCCUCGAGAAGCUGACCCCAUGACUAAAGUGCAAGCUGAACUAGAUGAGACCAAAAUCAUUUUGCACAACACCAUGGAGUCUUUGUUAGAGCGAGGAGAGAAGCUCGAUGACUUGGUGUCCAAAUCAGAAGUACUGGGAACGCAGUCUAAAGCCUUCUAUAAAACGGCCCGGAAACAAAACUCAUGCUGUGCAAUCAUGUGAUGCAGCCCAGAAUGGCCUGCACUGAUCGUCACUGUCACUCUCAUCAGAACUGCAGCCCCCGGAGAAGAAGAAAUGCUCUGAAAGACCUGGAGCAGGACAGACUGGCCAUUUUUAUUUUAAAGUCCCAAGAGGAACUGAUAGGUGGUAGAAGGGUGGGGCAUGCUCAAGUUCAUAUGUCUGGUUGUGACUUUUGGGAAGAAUUUGAAGCCUGAAAAGGUGUAUUUUGAGGGAAAUGAAAACAUAAACUCUGA